AUGUUGGAAGGUGUCGGUCCCCCAAUUCAAAUCAUAUGCUUCAUAUUUCUAGCAAUUCUUGGAUUAUUCGGAAACAUUACAAUCGUUUUAAUAACUGCCAAAUACAAAACAUUACAGUCCAGAUGCUGCAUUCUUAUUGGAGUCAUGGCAUUUUUCAAUUCGAUUGUUUGUAUUUUCUUGAUUAAUUUACGAGUUAUGAUAAUCCUUUAAAUGUAUAACAUGCCCACUUCUCUAUGUUUCUACCUAUCAAAUUAUGGAAUAUUUUCAAUGAACAUGCAAAGUGUGCUUGGACUUUUUAUUGGUUUGGACAGACUAUACAACAUCUGCUUUCCUCUUAAGUACUCUAAAAUUUCAUUAUACAAAUACUUCAUUGGGUUGUUUGUCUGUGCAAUUAUUUCCUUUAUCGUUGCAUUUUCAAAAUUCAUUUUCCCUGAAGACGAGACGACAGUUUUCAUCUGUAUACCAGUUACUGCUCUUAGGGGAACAUCAUUAAAUAUCUGGUUGAGAAUGAAUUUUGCGAUUGCAUUUUCAGUCAUAUUUGUUUAUGGCGCGGCUCAUAUUAAGUGUCAGAUGCUGAAAAAUAAUAAUACAAACAUAACAACAGUCAAAACAGUCAAUCGGAUUUUAAAUUCAAUGCUCGUGGUUAUUGCAUUUCACGUAUCUACUUGGCUUUUGGCAUUAGUAGUAUUGUCGUUAGCGCAGAUAUUUACAUUUGAUGAAGAUUUGAUGUAUGUCAUCCGAAGACAUUCAGGAUGGCUUGUACUUUUUAAUUCAUCGCUUCAUAUGUUUGUCUAUUUUUGGAGGACGCCGGAGUAUAGGAAGGCAAUUCUUCAAUAUUAUGGUUUUUCACCAAAAAAAGGUUCUAGGAUUCAAGUGUCAAUUGUUCCAAAAAAUCAAUUUGUUUUUUUUUGA